UCCUCCAUCCAUCCAGUUCCCCACCCGUGCGCCGCCCCGCCCCGCCGAAAGCAGAGAUCUUUCCGGAGAUCCCCCGCAAUCGCCGGGCGCGCACCAACAAAUCCGGCCUCCAAAUUCCCUCGGUCACGCCCUCCUCCACUCCUCCUCUCCAGCCCAGCUCCGCUGCCGCCGCCGCCCUCCUCACAGCCGCAGGAGGGGGAUUGACUGUGCCAGGGGGAGAGGGCGACGUCCCCACCGGCCACGGCCAGGGCACGCCGCCGCGGGGUCGCCCUUCCCUUCCUCACUAGCCUCGCCGGACGCCCGUCCCCUCCCGUCUCAAGGUCUGCCGUUGAGGGCCAACAUGGAGCUCUUUGGUGGGUAGAAGUCCACAUAUAUAGGCAUUCUUGAAAUUUGUUGAUUAAUUUAUUAACCAUUCAUGUUGAGGGCAAAGCAACUCAGCACGCUAACCCAGUGUGCACGGUCCUUCUACCUUAGUGGGUCAAGGUGUGGUAGCGCGGAUGGAGCUUCGUGCACGUGCCCUGAUGAUGACACUUGUGGUUCAAAGAGGCAGACUGCGAGUGCUAUCGAGCGCAGAUCUUCUGUGAAGGUUCAGCCUCCGUCUGCCCAGCAUGUUGCUGGCAGUGCUACUGGAUACCCACCUCAAGCUGUUAAUGUCAUUCCUUCCGCCUCAUCUCCAGACAAGGAGUCAGCAUCAAGCAACAGAAGUAACCAUCCUGGUAACCGUCAGGUUCAAGGAAAUAAUUAUGUGCAGCCAUCUAAGCAGGCUGCCAGGGGCAUUUCUCAGUCCGGAAUCGCAGGAGCUGGCGUGUAUAAUGAGUUGGUAAAUUUGAGGCCCUCGUCGAAUAAUGGAAGCACUAAGCAAGUUCCACAGGCUGGUGCCAACUAUUCUAGCAAGCCAUUAUCUGGUGGCCCGUCUUCUAAUAACAAGGCAAAUAAUCAGCAUAGCCAUGCUGGGGCAAAUACGGCUUCUGCCCCUUCCAUGCAAAAUGAUUUUGGGAAGGGGGGCUCAAGAUCUGGAUACGCGAAGUCAAAGCAGAAUUUCUCAGGGCCAGCGGCUGCAGUUUCCGGUUCACCGUCACAAGUAAGGAGUCAAAGGCAUCCUAAUCAGGGCCACUCGAAUUACCAUUCUAAUAAUAGUCCCAAUUCAGAUGGCAGGUGGGCUGGAGUUCAAACUCGCAACUUCUCAGCUCCAACUGUUUAUAGUGGUCCCUCUGACAAAUCUCAGGGCCCUUUAGUAGGAACAAUAAAAGGUCAUGGUGGAGGACCGCAGUCUAACUUAAGAUCACUGAAGUCAUUGCGGGCAGUCGAACAGUACUACCAUACGCUGCAGCAGAUGAAGUGGGGUCCCAUGACGGAACAUGUUCUUGAUAAUCUCCGUUGCAAGAUCGACGCGUUCCAGGCUAAUCAAGUGCUGAAGCUGCUUCAUGACCACAAUAUUGCGCUUGGUUUCUUCCACUGGUUGAAGCGGCAGCCAGGGUUCAAGCACGAUGGUCAUACCUACACCACCAUGAUAGGGAUCCUUGGACAGGCAAAGCAGUUUGGCACGAUGAGAAAGCUUCUCGAUGAGAUGAGCUUGGUAAACUGCAAGCCGACCGUGGUGACAUACAACAGAAUAAUACACGCGUAUGGCCGUGCAAACUUUCUGAGAGAGGCUGUUAAGGUCUUUGAGGAGAUGGAGGGAGCUGGUUACGAGCCUGACCGCGUCACAUACUGCACGCUGAUCGACAUCCAUGCUAAAUCAGGGUACCUGGAAGUGGCCAUGGACCUGUAUGGCAGGAUGCAAGAAGUCGGCCUGUCGCCCGAUACCUUCACCUACAGCGCCAUGGUUAAUUGCCUUGGAAAGGGGGGCCAGCUGGCGGCCGCCUACAAGCUUUUCUGCGAGAUGAUUGAGAAUGGGUGUACGCCCAACCUGGUUACUUACAACAUAAUAAUCGCCCUGCAGGCAAAGGCAAGAAACUACGACAAUGUUGUGAAGCUCUACAGGGACAUGCAGAUCGCCGGAUUCCGCCCCGACAAGAUAACCUACAGCAUUGUCAUGGAGGUUCUUGGUCACUGUGGUCAUCUGGACGAGGCCGAGGCUGUGUUCCUCGAGAUGAGGCGCGACUGGGCUCCUGACGAGCCCGUGUAUGGUCUUCUGGUGGACCUCUGGGGCAAGGCUGGGAAUGUCGACAAGGCGUUAGGGUGGUACCAUGCGAUGCUCCAGGAUGGUUUGCAGCCCAACGUGCCCACCUGCAAUUCACUCCUCAGCGCUUUCCUGAAGCUCAACAGGUUUCAGGACGCCUACAGCGUGCUCCAGAACAUGCUUGCGCAGGGGCUCGUUCCGUCUCUCCAGACUUACACCUUGCUGCUCAGCUGCUGCACCGACGCUCACGCGCAGAUGGGGCUGUGCUGCCAGCUCAUGGCGAUCACCGGACACCCGGCCCACAUGUUCUUGCUCUACCUGCCCGACGCCGAGCCCGGCGGCGAGAACGUGAGGGACCAUGCCAGGUAUUUCCUGGACAUGAUGCACAGCGAGGACCGGGAGAGCAAGAGGGGCAUAAUGGACGCCGUGAUAGACUUCCUGCACAAGUCCGGCCUCAAGGAGGAGGCCGGGUUCAUAUGGGAGGUGGCCGCGCAGAAGAACGUCUACCCGGACUCGGUCAGGGAGAAGAGCUCCUCCUACUGGCUCAUCAACCUCCACCUCAUGUCCGAGGGCACCGCCGUCACGGCUCUCUCCAGGACGCUCGCCUGGUUCCACAGGCAGAUGCUGCUCAUGGGCUCCUGCCCCGAGAGGAUCGACAUCGUCACCGGCUGGGGGAGGAGGAGCAGGGUCACUGGCUCGUCGCUGGUCCGCCAGUCCAUCGAGAAGCUUCUGCAUCUCUUCCAGUUCCCGCUCUUCGCCGCCCGCGGCAACACCGGCUGCUUCGUCGGGUGCGGGGAGCCGCUCAGCCAGUGGCUGCACAACCCCUAUGUCGAGCGCAUGCAUUUGCUCUAGUUAUAGUUUUUACCUUUUUAGGGCCUGCUCCUGCUUCUGCUUCUGCUUCUGCUUCUGCUAGGUUAAGUAUCAUCAGUCAGGAAUAAACAACUUAAUUAUAGCUAGCUAGCUGAACAGGUGCAGUUUUGUGGAGCAACCAGUCUCUUUGGAUGAAGGAAGCAUCUGUUCUAGUUUCGUCGCCUGUAGCGUGCGUGUGUUAAGAAAAUGUUUCCAAACUUAUUUAUCUGUGGUGUGAUGAGAACUUUUAGACAUUGCAUUGUUGCGUUCUGAAUUAGACGAUGAAUAUUGUUCUUAUGUUGCUGUAGCUGCAAGUUCCAAUCUAACCUUCUGGAA